UCAGCAAUCAGCCAUCGCGCUCGCUCCAGAAGGCUACCGACCUUGAAUUUUCCCUCUAGAGCCUUGCGACGACCAACGACCCUCAUCGACAACCCCCCCCAAAAAAACAACCGCCCGGCUCUACCCACGAAGCGAGCGCGACCAUGGGCAUAAUCGAAGAGCAGCGCUACCUCCACGAGGACCUCGAGCGCCUCGAGCAGGGCAUCGCCGACCGCAUCAGCGAGGAACCAAAACACAUUCGCGACCGCCUUAAUCGCGAUCAUGAGAUCGGCCAGCUGCUCGACCAGAUCCAGACGCAGUCCGUCAAGCUCCUCGACAUUUACCGCGACGCCGACGGCCAGCGCUCGCGCGAGAUCCAGAACAUCGGAACCGGCGACCCCUUUGAGGAGUUCUACGGCCAACUCAAGGACGCCCGCGAGCACCACGCAAAGUAUCCCAACGAGCAGGCCGAGAACUCGGAGGUGCGCUACCGCGUCAAGAAGCCCGACGAUGGUGAGGUCAUGCCCUACAUCGUCGACCGUCUCUUCACCGGCGAGGAGGGCUUUGGCCGCUUCUUCGACCUGCACACCUGCCACGAGUCGUACCUCAACCUACCCAACGUCAAGCGCCUGUCGUACCUGCAGUACCUCGAGGUUUUUGACAACUUCAGCUCGGGCUACGGCGGGUUGAAGCGCACCGAGAAGUUGACGGACCAGUACUUCAAGUACGUCGGCGAGCUGGCCGAGUACCUCGAGUCCUUUAUGCGCCGCACGCGGCCGCUCGAGAACCUCGACAAGGUGUUCCUGGGCUUCGACAACGACUUCGAGACAGCCUGGGAGAAGGAUGAGGUGGUCGGGUGGCAGAAGGAGGAGGGCACAAACGGCACGGCGCGGGAGCCCAGCACGGCCGACGCAGUGUGGUGCGACGACUGCGAGAGGGAAUUCAAGAACGAAAACGUCUAUCGUUCACACCUGACGGGCCGCAAGCAUAUCAAGGCCGCCGAGGCGAGGAAAGCGCGCCGCGAUGAGGAGGGCGGGGACGGGGUGGACGGCAGCACCAACGGCAACAAGGUAUCGGCGACGAGGCUCAAGGAGAGGGCGGUCGCCGAACGCGAGUACCGCGUCAAGCGGCUCGCGGCGGCCAUGAGCACGGAGCGCGGCGACACGCGGGUCAACGUCGAGCGGCGCCAGGGCAUGACGGAGCGCGAGCGUCAGCAGGAGCUCGAAAAUAUCCUCAACCUGUCGUACUCGGCACCUGGCGGCGGCGGCGGCAUGCACGGCGGCGCGGCCGGCGACGGGGACGACGAUGACGACGACGGCGAGGACGGCGAGGAGAAGAUCUACAACCCGCUCAAGCUGCCGCUCGCGUGGGACGGCAAGCCCAUCCCCUUCUGGCUGUACCGGCUGCACGGCCUCGGCGUGGAGUUCCCCUGCGAGAUCUGCGGCAACUUCGUCUACAUGGGCCGCCGGGCCUUUGACAAGCACUUCAACGAGGCGCGCCACGUGCACGGCCUGCGGUGCCUGGGCAUCACCCACACGAGCCUGUUCCGCGACAUCACGAGCAUCGAGGAGGCCGUCAACCUAUGGGACAAGAUCCAGCGCGAGGCCAAGAAGACCAAGGUCGACGAGGGCAGUGUCGUGCAGAUGGAGGAUGCCGACGGCAACGUCAUGCCGGAGAAGGUCUACUACGAUCUGCAGAAGCAGGGCUUGUUGUAGGGUGGCGAUGACGACAGCGACGAGGACGAGGACGAGCGGAGCGUCGGGUGUAUAGAACAAAAUGUAAUUCAGCUUUGGGGGGGGCGUCUCUGAAGAAGAAUAAGAGGAAGAUGAGGAAGAAUAAGAAGACGAAAGAAAGAGACGGGGAAAAAAGGAGGAGUCCUUGUAAAUGUAGACGAUAUUUCCUCGCCCUGCUACAGAUGGGGGGUCCAUGGGCAGAAUAACCUCAAGACGGGGUCGGCUUUUCAUCCGCAGAGCAUCCAACGUAGAUUCAUGUCUAACAACGGAAGACACCGCCUCGAUCCUCUUUCGAUCCGAGCCAUUGGCAUGGGAUGGUUGCUUGUCCCAAUUACAUGUGCCAAGUUUCAGUCUACUUUUAUCUCGUCAUGAACAUGCAUCAUGGAUUUUGGGCUAAGAUAUACGAACACCAACCAUUGUAGAAUUGAUCAAAAACUAGACCAUUGGCGGUAAAAAGAUCAUUAGAUCCGUGUAUGGAACAGGUGUAGAUGUAAUAAAAGUCUGCGCCAAUCUCUUCGAAAGGUUGCAGUAAUUGCUUGGUAUGGGCAGAUAUCUAUGAUCUGGCCCAAUGUCUAUGUCGUCUAUCUCUUUGUACAGCACCACCGGUGUGUCUAUGCAUUUUUUUCGCUCUCCAAAACAAAUCGCCUGCCCUAAAACUCUUAACUUUUUUGUUCUCUUCCAUUUCCGAUCUUUGAUUCCUUUCGAUCAUGGUUUGCGGACCCAGAAAACCCCUUGGUUGAUUCCCGUUGAAACCCCAACUGUCCCCGCUAAAAUUGACAAUUACCCACCGACAAAACUGUUCGGUGUAUGAUCAAAACAAAAGGGAAGAUGAAUAGCCCGAUGGCUGUCACCGUUUUCUUCCUCAUUAGGUUCUGCUUAUAUCAUCCCCAUGUUGUGUAACGAAGGUGUCCAAUUAUGGAUACACCGUGAAAAAGUCGCUCUUUACCCAUCUCUGGAUUUCUUCGGUUCGUCUUUGGUUCGUGAAAUGACCAUU